GAUAAUGAGAUGCCUCACGCUCAUCCCAUAACUAUGAGGACUAAUAAAAGUAAUCAGCAGAGCCUUUGUUGGCCAAAUGUGUAGCAGGUUUACGAGUUCCAAAAAGAUCCAGCAAUUCAAUCACAUGCUGAUUUAAUAAGGUUACUGCUCAAUUUGUCUCCUCCUAUGGCUGUCUGACUAUAAAUACCAACUCUGAAGCUUCAAUUCAAUUACCAGUUUGAGAUAUCCCCUCAUCAGAAAAAAAAACCCAUAAGAAAUGGCUGCUCUUUCUUCAAAACCCAACCACGUUCGAUCAAUCAGUUUCCCUGGGAGAUCACACCCUACCAUCCAGAGAGUAGAAGAGGAGCUCAACAAGCUCAAAUCAUUAGAAGCACCUGCUACACCAAAAGCAAACACUGUGUACAAUGGUCUACUCAUAUUGGAGAAAUUAUACAAAAGCAUAGAUGAUCUUCUCAACUUGCCCACCCUUCAAACCCUAUCCCAAAGUCUAGAUGCUGAAUGGGUUGACGAUUUAUUGGACAAAUCAGUGAGGCUUCUUGAUGUUUGUGGCACUACAAGGGAACUUGUCUCACAAUAUAAAGAAAAAGUAAGAGAUCUUCAAUCAUCUCUCAGAAGGAGAAAAGGAGAUUCAACUACAGAUGACAGCAUUGAAAGAUUUACCUCUUUCAGCAAGAAGAUCAAGAGGGAUGCCAAAACAUCUGUCUUGACUCUGAAACAAAUGGAUCAAGAGACUGCAGUACCAAUCUUGCUAGAUGCAGAACAAGAUACAAUGGCUGCGAUUAGAGCACUAAGAGAAGCUAAUGCAGUAUGCAUUUCAAUUUUCCAAAUGCUCUUGUCCUUCCUGUGUGUGCCACUUUUGAAGCCCAAGCAAUCAAAAUGGUCAUUGCUUUCAAGAUUGGUACACAAAGAGAGAAUAGCACCUGACGUCCAAGAAGAAAACAAGAGCUUAGAAACCAGGCUGGAAACCUUUGAGGCUUACCUUGACAGCUUUGAAAAUGCACUGGAAGCUGUAUUUAGGUGCUUGAUUAGAUCUAGAAGCUCGCUCCUCAAUGUUCUUUCCUGCUAA